UCCAUUCCUACUGUUGUCCUGGAUGGAAAACAUUGCCUGGUGGCAACCAAUGUAUUGUGCCAAUUUGUCGGAACACGUGUGGCGAUGGAUUCUGCUCCAGACCAAACAUGUGCACCUGUGCCAAUGGGCAACUCUCCCCAGGUUGUGGAUCUGGUUCAAUCCAGCAGUGUAAUGUCAGAUGUAUGAAUGGUGGCUCUUGCUCAGAUGACAGCUGUAUUUGCCAGAAAGGAUACACUGGGACGCACUGUGGGCAACCUGUGUGUAAGAAUGGCUGCCAGAAUGGAGGGCGAUGCAUUGGACCGAGUCGCUGUGCGUGUGUGUACGGGUUCACUGGGCCACAGUGUGAACGAGAUUACCGGACUGGACCAUGCUUCACUCAAGUCAAUAAUCAAAUGUGCCAAGGACAACUGAGUGGCAUUGUCUGUACCAAAACUCUCUGCUGUGCCACCAUUGGUCGGGCAUGGGGUCAUCCAUGUGAGAUGUGUCCGGCUCAGCCUCAUCCCUGUCGCCGUGGUUUCAUCCCCAACAUUCGCAGUGGUGCUUGUCAAGUUUUGCUGCUGUUCCGUUUUAUUGUUCUUCAGUUUUAUACAAAAGUACAGGAAAACAGCAACUUUCUGGAAUUGGAAAUGUGA